GCGUUCACGCUUGGGUGAACAGCAUGUUAAUGUUUAGCAGCAACAUCACGUACGCAGGUUUACCGAAUGGUUUUAGCUGAUUGUAAUUACAUGUUUAUAAUAGCCGCUUAAAGCUAGUGCCAAUGGAGUGGAUAUCAGAACUGACUUCUAGCUCAGUGUUCACUUUUGGCAUUACUGCUGCAGUAAUUGCAGUAACACUUGCCUACCUGAAGAAAAAGCGAGACGAAAAUGCAGUAAAGAAAACUCUUCUUGAUCCAGAAGUCAAGUAUGCCUUGAAAUUGAUAGCAAAGGAAAGAAUUACACAUGAUACCAGAAAAUUUGUGUUCGCUCUUCCAAGUGAAAAUCACAUUUUGGGACUGACAGUUGGCAAGCAUAUUUUUCUUUCAGCAAGAGUUGAUGGCAAACUAGUUGUUCGACCUUAUACCCCUGUCACAUCUGAUGAUGACAAGGGUCAUAUGGACUUGGUUAUAAAGGUGUAUUUUAAAGAUACCCACCCGAAAUUUCCUGAAGGUGGAAAAAUGUCCCAAUACUUGGAAGCUUUACCCAUUGGUGGCACUAUUGAUGUUCGUGGUCCCAAUGGCUUGAUUGAGUACAGGACAAAGAGUGUCUUUUCAGUGCGUUAUGAGAAAAAUGGAUUUUCUUAUGCCAAAAGAGCAAAAGAGGUUGCUAUGAUAGCUGGUGGAACUGGUAUUACUCCGAUGCUGCAAAUUAUUCGGCAAUGCUUAAAGGACCCUUCAGACCAUACCAAGCUCUCUCUACUUUAUGCUAAUCAAACAGAAGAUGACAUUCUUGUAAGGAAGGAAUUAGAAGAAUGUGCUAAAGCUGACCCAAAUCAUUUUAAACUGUGGUAUACCCUGGACCGCCCACCAGCAGACUGGAAAUAUUCUACUGGGUUUAUCGAUGAAGACAUGAUCCGUGAUAACUUACCGGCUCCUGGGAUUGAUACCUUAGUGUUACUGUGUGGACCGCCACCUAUGAUUAAAUUUGCUUGCUUACCAAACCUUGAAAAGGUUGGGCAUCAAUCUGGUCGAAUCUGCACAUUUUAAUGGAAGAUACACCUAAUUCUUCUGCAAUUCCCCAGUGCCAACUACAUUCAAUUGCAAAUGUACAAGAUAAAAACACUUAUUCAUGUUUAAUUGAUUUAACAAGUUUUAGCUUUUUGUGAAUGAUUAAUUAUGUAGCAGAGAAAAUAAAAUAACAGUUUAUUGCACUUCUCCCAAUACAAAGAUAAAACAUAACUGGCACAAUCUAAA